GCCUUGAACAACGCUACAGAUGAUGAGUUAAUCGAUCUGGCUGCCAUCCUCGGUUUCACAGGCAUGAUGAAUCAGGUCCAAUUCCACGCUAGUAUCGAGAAUCGUGGACAAGUCGGUGGUGGUUUUAGAGGAAUAGCCAAGGGUGAACAACUCAAACUCGUCCCCGACGAUCCUCCCAAUAUGACUGAUGUCGAGGCAAGUCGUUACUACUCUUAUGCUGCUUUAAGUAGACUCCAGAUAUGUGACAGUAUUAAGAAAAUGAGCUCUGAUGAUGCUUCUUUGACUGUAUUGAACUUGAAUAACAUCAAAACAAUGAGCGCAGAAGUUGUAUCUCGACUUUGUACCGCUCUAGGAGAAAAUUCGAAGUUAAAAGAGCUUCACAUGGCUGCUACGAACCUCACUUCGGCCAUGGUAGAACCAAUGCUUCUUGCACUGAAGGUCAACCAUACACUAGAAGUGCUUAAUUUGGAGUCAAAUUUCAUUACUGGUGAUAUGAUCCUAAAGCUUCUGGAUGCAAUUUCGGGAAACAAGAGUGCAGUGACGGAUUUGCGUCUUUCUAAUCAACGUCAAAGUGUACUAGGAGUACAAAUGGAACAGGAGAUUACUCAGAUGGUGCUCCAGAACCCUCGACUCAAUAAUCUUGGUCUGGACUUUUCUACCCCCACGGCUCGUAUUCAAAUCCGUGAACAUUUGAAAAAGAAUGUGGAUGCCAAUAAACGCCUUGCAAGAAUCAACAAGAGCGGUUAA